UGUAUUCUGCUUCUUCAGAAUUUUUUGUAUUGCCAUACGUAUAAAUAUAAAUAAAAUUAUAUUUUAGAUUCUGAUAAAUUAAUAGAUUAUAAACAAAUAUUUAACAAAUUCUUUAUAAAAAUAGAAACCUUAACAAGUUGUCUUUAAUGAGCUGACAUAAAUGCGUUUUUUAUUUGAACGCUUAAAUAUUACAGGAAUAAACAUUAUUAUCAUUGAUAAACGUAACAUCGACGGCUAAUGCAACAACGAGACUAAUGCGUGAUUUAAACAUUCAAUGCCAAAAGCAGCAACGUUGACUAGAGAUCGCUAUUGGCCAAGUAUCAGGCAGGUGAAGCCAAGUGAGACCAGUCCAGACCAGACUGGAUGGGAGGUGGUAGAGAAGCAACCAGGUAAAAAGGUAGGGAGCGAAAGUGAGCGCGUCUCCAAGAAUGGGCAAGAAGGCGCGGUGACUACUGCUAAACGGUGACAGAAGGUAUCGCGGUGGGCGACGAUAGAGUUUGGAGUUUGUCAGUGGAUCGAUGUGCGAUCGGUCCUUCCUCGAUCGCGAGAAGCGCGGAGUCCACGCCCGUGUGGAAUGUGCCGUAAGUUGAGAAAAGCGCGACGAUGAGGUGUGCAUAGUACGAACGUGGUAUCGUAGCUGGUACCAAUCCACCAGCACGCACAGAAGGAGAGAGAAAUUGCGAAGGACGGAGAGAGACGGAGGGACGCGUGCCAUGUUACGAACGUGUUGCUGAUGCGAUGCAAGCCAGUGAUUCUCACCUCGCAUCAGCACGCAUGGAAGAAGAAGGCUACUCCUGCGCGUUCCUCGACGUAUAUUCAGUGAGCGUGAAGCCGCGGUGACGUAAACGUGCCCGCACAAACCGUCGUCCUUCUCCGCGAAUACGCACAACGAGGAGUAUAUUUCCCAUUUCUGACGGCGAGAUGACGAGGAAACUCAGCAAGUUCCUGAUACUAUUCGAUAACACAAAUCUACUAUACUUCCCUGGCCACUUCUUGUCCGGCCGUGUCCUCAUAGAGCUGGACGAUGAAGCUUACGUCUCGGGACUGCAUUUCCAUGUUGUGGGAGAAGGUGUAGUUCGGGUACGCAGUCAACGUGCCGAGAGAGUUUACGACAAAGAGAAUUACAUCGAUUUUCGCAUGCGGCUGUUGGGUGAACCAGGCGAAGGACCGUCGUUGCUAUCUCCCGGAAUACAUAGCUUUCCCUUCAAAUUGGGGUUGCCAUUGGGUCUACCCUCUACUUUUCUCGGGAAACACGGAUGGGUGCAAUAUUAUUGUAAAGCGGCUCUUCGUGAGCCUGGUGGACUCACUCACAAAAAUCAACAGGUCUUCAUCGUCAUGAAUCCGAUCGACUUAAAUCUGGAACCUCCGAUAUUAGCGCAACCUGCGAGGCAGGAGAUCGAACAGCGCGUGGGCGUCUCUUGCGUAUCGGGUGGUCCCGUAUUCUGCAGAGUGAGCCUGGACCGGGGUGGAUACGUACCUGGGGAAACAAUCGGUAUUUCUGCGACCGUUACCAAUCGCAGUAAGGUGACGAUGAAGUCGACCAAAGCGUCGCUCACCGAAACGAUACAGUACCUGUGUCGGGGCAAAGUGCUCGCCAGCGAAACACGCGAGCUGGCUAGCGUUUCUAGAGGGAAGAUUCGGCCGGGCGAGGGCGAGGAGUGGCUAAACGAACAAAUGUACGUCCCUCCCUUGCCACCGACGAAUCUGAGGGGUUGCCACCUGAUCAACGUUCUGUAUCACGUUUACUUCGUCAUAAGUCCGAAGAGUCUGGACAAAGAAAUCAAGUUACAAAUACCGAUCGUGCUGGCCACGUAUCCCUUGAGGCCGGAGGGCGCACCGGCUGGUACGGCGCCGUCCAAACGGGGCGCACAUUAUCCGUCGACGCUACCCAUCUUCCGACCUUGGCUCGACGACAAGGCGUUCGAAAUACAGGAGUGAAAGUUCAACGUUACGUAUCUAUUAUUAUAUAGGAUUAUUGCAAAAUGAGUGCUUACGUAAGAUGGCACUGAUUUUCUGUGAUUGUAGAAGAUCACAGCUGUGCCCACGCGCACUUAUGAUUAUACUUCAUGAUCCUACCGUAUCAAAAAUCUUCAUCGAUUCUCGUAUUGCUAGUCACAGCAACGCUCGUUUAAAAUUUCAAGGAAUCGAUGGCGACCUUUGAAAAUACCAUAUCUGGUGUGCAAUUAUAUGUAGCCGCUAAGAAAUUUUUUAUGUACAUGAAAUCUUACGAAUACACUAACAACACGCUAACCCGCUUAAUUGCGUUCAUGAAAAAAUAAAUGUAUAAAUUGUACAUUAUUGUGUAAUAUAACUGAAUAACAUUUUUUAGACGAAAACAUGCGGAUCAAAUAUAGGACGAAUUAAAAUAUAUUUAUAAGGAAAAAUGUAUGUAUAAAUUGGAGAAAAAAAUAUUUAAUGAUAGAAAAA